CACACACCCACUACCCCAGUUGCUAUAAAUUCACACUUUGCUUUUAAAUUCACACUUUGCUUAAGGACGGUGGCAUCCACAACUACAGAUGGACCAGGACAAAACAACAGAAAGCACUAAGGUGAGAAUUGGUCACUCUCUGAGUGAAGCUGAGAAGCAGCAUGUGGCCGGAAGAAGAAAAACUGUUCUACAGUGCCUGAAGCAGCACGGUAUAUCAUGCAGUGAGGAUGAGGUGCCUAACAUCGCAGUGCUGGGCUCUGGUGGUGGUUUGAGAGCUAUGGUUGGACUGCUGGGGUCACUGAAUCAGUUGAAAGAAGAUGGACUGUUGGACUGCAUCAUGUACCUGUGUGGAGUUUCAGGAUCUACCUGGUGCAUGUCUUCAUUAUAUAAAGAACCAAACUGGUCCUCCAAACUGAAGACUGUGAAAAAUAACAUCAUCCAAAGACUUGCUGGCACAAAGGUCGGUUGGAAGAAGAUGAUUCAAAAACUAAUGAAAUACAUGGAAAAAGACAACUUCAGCCUAACGGAUAUAUGGACAGCGCUGGUUGUGUCUUACAUGGUUAAUGAGAUAGAUGGAGACAAACUCUCAGAGCAGAGGAGCAACUACACCAAUAACCCGUAUCCCAUUUACACUGUGAUUGACAAUCAGUGUAAAUAUGUUGGACUGUGCGCAGAUCCUUGGUUUGAGAUCACUCCAGAUGAAUCAGGUUAUUCUCUCACUGGAGCCUUUGUGGAUUCCUCCUGUUUGGGAAGUCAGUUUGAGAAAGGAAAGAAGAUUAAAGACCAGCCUGAGAUUGACAUGCUGUACCUACAAGGCCUGUGUGGCAGUGCACCAGCUGAUAGGCAAGAGAUCCUGAAGACAAUAAAGGAAUUCUUUUCUUGGCGGAGACUAUUCAGAUACUCAGGAACACCAGAAAUGCAUACAGGCUUAACUGGUAGUGUCACCUGUUGUCUUGAAUCUGCACAUCCUCAAGAAGAAGGGCAGGAGGAAUGUGAAUUGCUCUUAGCACUCAUGGGACUGUACGUGUCUGCCAUGGAAAAGGAGGAUCCUACAGAUUACAUCAAUAUAAUAGAAGACCUACUGGAAGAUGAUCAAAAAAUAGAAACAAAAAGAAUAAAGGUGGCUUAUUCGGGAAAAAGAAGAAGAAAGGUUGCUCAUUCAGUAAAAGGAAGAAGAAAGAUGGCUCAUUCAGGAAAAAAAGGAAGAAAGAUGGCUCAUUCUGUGACCCUGAUGGCAUCAAAAAGGACAAUCUCCAAGGCAGAGCUUAAGAAGUACACUGACCGUGUAUGCAAUUCUCUCUCUGAUUUGUUUGAUGAAAACAAGCCUGCGUCCAGUACUUUUUUCUUGAAUCCUGGGACAUCUUUGACCCCAGUGAGACAGACUGCCACUACUCUUUGUGGGACCUCUGUGAAAUCUUGGAUAAACAGUGCCAGAAAGUGCUUUUACGUUUUUUACGACUGGAUCUGGGGAACAACAUACAACUAUCUCCACAACAUGACAGUGGAAGGCGUCGACCCCAGUGUCCUUAAAGCAAAGACGAGAGACUACAUAGAUGCUGGGUUAUUACACAACUCACCCUAUUUCUCAGUUCUGAGAAAAGAACGAGACAUCGACCUCAUCAUUUCCCUUGACUUCAGUGCAGGAGAUCCCUUUGAGACAGUGAACCAAACUGCUAAAACCUGUAAAGCCCUUCAAAUCCCUUUCCCUGAAGUUGCUGUGUCCUGUGGAGGCAAUACAGAACCAAAGGACUUCUAUGUGUUUAAAGAUGGCACUGAAGCUCCAACUGUGAUUCACAUCCCUCUUUUCAAUGGUGUUAACUGCAAAGGAGAAAUUAAGAAGUGGGAGAAAAGCUAUUCCACUUUUCGAAGGAGUUACAGGCAUAGUGAGAUCACAGAUCUUGUGGAGAAAGCAGGUUCAAACAUAAAAAACAACAAAGACAACCUGCUGAAGGAGAUUGAAAACAUCAUUAAAGAGAAGAAAACCUCCAAGAUUGCAUAAAUCUCAUGGAGUAAGACACAGCAGUAUGAGUACUUCAAGAAAAUAUGUUGAACAUAAUUUUUGGAAAGUGAAAUUUCUGUGUGGGUGAAUUAUAAACAUAUUCAUUAUUAUGCAUGUAACAAAGUCGUACUAAAUUUCAUGGAGUAUAGAAAUAUACAAAGUGACUUUUUUGUUUGUUUUGUUUUGUUUUUGUGUGAAAACAUCUGGGUGACGGAGCAUGUCUUUCUUUCUCAUUUACAUUUGCAUUUGGUGUAUCAUUAAAAACUUAUAAUCAUAAAUGCAAUCAUCAAACUAGAUAGAAAUUCAGUUUUUAUAUAAGCAUUAUUGAAUUAGUUAGGUUUAACAC